CAUUUUUACCUUGUUGUGGCGCGUUUUUCUAAACAAUUUUGUGCAAUAUAACUAGCAAUCUUUUGCCGAAAACCCCUGCAGGCCAUGGAUAAGUUCGUGCAACGCAAUCCCCCAUGGGCAACAAAUGCCUACGAGGUGCCCGGCGUCAACGCAGAAAAGACAAAGCAAAAAACGCAGCACGCUGGGCCACCACAGCGGCGUCCAUUGCAAGAGCAGCCUGAUUCGAAUGUAACCCCCAAGCGUCUCAGUCAGCCCCACUAUGCAGCAGAAACGUUGCGUGCCACGGAGAAGAUGCCAGAAGUAAACGCUAGUCCAGCAAAAACGUACCAGUCAUGCCCCGUGCUCCAAGCAGUACCGCCAUCGAAUGGUGUGACAACUCCCACAUCCAUGCAGGCCGGACGCUUGGCUCGCCUCCAGAAUGAUCUCAACAGUCCCAGCGCCACACUUCGAGUGCGUGCCAUGCGCGCCAUAAAAAGUCCCGCCAACACCGCCUACAAUGUGUUUGAUGUGUCGCACACCGAGCAGAAUAUCAUCUCUGCCGACGAGCUUAAUCCAAAGGCAUCGCCUUCGCUGCCAGAGAUCCUCAGCCCCGUUGUGGUCUACGUGGAGGUGCGCAGCGGCAACGACAAUCGUUCCGAUGGUGUCAAGACGAUCAUAGCCAAAAUGGGGGCCCAGGUCAACGAUCGUCUGCUGCGCAACACCACGCAUGUGGUCUUCAAGGAUGGCCUACUCUCGACCUACAAAAAGGCCAUGGAGUGGAAAAUACCCGUCGUUUCCAUACUGUGGAUUGAGGCCUGCAAGGUGCAACGAAGGAUUUGCGAACCCGAAACGUUUCCCAUCAGCAAUUUGCACAAAUAUGAGUAUCCCGAGCUGUACGGCAAGAUAACGCGUGUUCGGUGCAUGCAACCGGGCUCGGAGCUUAACAAACGCCCGCCAAAACGGCCAGCAACGCCCACAUCAGCCACCGACAAAGGCCCGGCAUCGGACAGCAAGCGAACUGCUUUUGCUACGCCAACCAAUACGGCCAAGAAUGACAUCAGCCGUUUCUUUAAGGCACUCAACCACAACAAGCAACUGGUCGCAGAAGAGGCAGCCGAGUCGCCUGCCACUAAACUACUCAACAGAAUAUCCAAUGGCAACUAUACGCCACUGCGUCUGGGCACGCCUGCCAAGCCAGCUGGCAGUGGACUACAAGGGCCAGAUAUACCUCAGAAGAGUGUUGACACCUCCAACGACAAACCGCAGGCCCAGAAGAGUUUGAACUUUAAUGGGGCGGCUGGCACCGAUGAGCCGCCGCAGCCUGCCAAGCCACGACCCCGCCGCAGCACAGCAGAGCCCACGCCAGUGACUACGCCGGUACGCACCAGUCGCCGACGCAGCUCAGCUCAUGUUCCCAUGACCAGCAAAGCGGACGUUGCUCAGCCUGCCGCCGAGCCAGAGCCAGAGCCACGAACGACUCGCCGACGCAGUACGGCGCACAUUGCAAUGGCCAGCAAUGAGGUUGCUACUCCGCCUCGAGAGACACGUCCGCUGCGUCGUUGCAGCUCAGCUCAUAUUCACAUGGCAAGCAGUACGGAUGCUGCUGCAGAGCCAGAGCCACGGAUGACGCGUCGCCGUAGCUCAGCGCACAGUCUCCAGACUAGCAACGCGGAUGCUCCUCCGCCAGCAGAGGCAGAGCCGCAGCUGAAGCAUCGCCGCAGCUCAAUGCACACUGCCAUGGCCAGCAAUGCGGAUGCUGCCCCAUCGCCUCAGCCAGAUUCAAGAGUGACACGUCGUCGCAGCUCAUUGCUUCCGGCUGCCAAGGAGCCCCAGGAACUGGCACCGAAAAAUGUAUUUGCAUCAAUUGCCGAGGAGCUGGCUCCCAUAGAUGAGCCUGCUGGGGAUGCUAGCAACUUCAACGAUCCCAACAAGACCAAUUUCGUACAAAAUUCGCUGGAAAUAAGCGUCGAAAUGCCGUCGCAAGUUCUCCAUCGGGCGGACAAGCGCGGCACCCUGUACACCUCGGAGCGUAUGGACAUUAGCAAGGAAUACCAAGACGAGAACGUGCCGCUGAAUGUGACUGCCAGGAAAUCGCUGUACAAUUCGACUAUGCAAACGUCUGGACUCUUGGAUGAGCACUCGACACCGCCGCUGUUCAGCUCGACUCGACUGACCAGCAGCAGGUCCAGCACCAACGUGAAACGAAGGCGCACCAUCUUCAACUUGGACAUGGACGUGAUCAACGAGGGCAUUGACAGAUUGAACUCAUCUCAUCGACUGUCGCUGGUGCUGGCCAAUCAGGCCGAGCUGGGUGAGUGCGGCAAGACAGUUGUGACGACGGAAGCACCUCGGACGGAGGAGAUUCCCCCGAGUGAACCAAAGAGACGUCGCCUAUUCACGCCCAACGAAGUGGUUGUGAUCUCACCCCCAAAGUCAAGUAAAAAACAGCGUUUAAGCCUGAGUGGAAACAAUGCAACCAAAAAUGCAUCUGCAAAGAAAAAUCGUCGUCGUUCAUUGGCCGUUCCAGUCUGUUCUUCGUCGGACUUUAGCUGUCUUGGUGCUCAUGUUGAACAUGUUGAAAGCACCGAUAAGUUUCUCACACCCGAAGCAUCCGUAGAUGGUUUCAACGACGUUGAAACUUCCUCGAAAAUUCAGGUAGCUGAAGUCGCAAAAUCGGCAAGCAGCAAUCGCCGUUCCAGUGUGAUUCGUACGCUGGUGCACACGAACAUGCAUCAUGGGCAGGUGCAGGUGAUUCAAAAGGCCAUACGGAGAUUGCGUGGAAUGCGGCUGGAUCCCACUGUGACCAAGCGUACCACUCACUUGGUCAGCCUGGAGCCGCGCCGCACACUGAAUCUCCUGCGCGGACUCAUGCGUGGCGUCUGGAUUGUCGACUAUGACUGGAUCCUGGAGUCGCUGCGAGUCGGCAAAUGGGUAAACGAAGAAAAAUACGAGCUCAAAAAAUUCUCACGUGCCGUUGAGAUUUGCCGCACUGAGCGCCAGGCCUUUGGCAUGCACUACCACUGCGAGCUCUUCCGCUACAUGGAAACCUUCUAUGUGUCCUCCCUAUGCCGGCCCAUAGAGUUCAACAACAUGAAGGAGCUGCUGUUGCUGGGCGGCGCCAAGCUCACCGAGAAUCGCUUCAAGGCAAAGUACAUUAUUGGCGACAAGCGACGAGCAGUGGAUGAUCGCGUAUAUCUGACGCCCUACUGGGUGCUGGAUAGCAUCACAUCCAUGCAAAUCCAAAAGUUUGGCAAAUACCUAAUGAAGAGUGCCAUUGUAACGCCCAGUGGCAUCCGGUACGAGGAUCCAAUGGCGCGUCUAACUGCCCCAAGAACCGAUUACAACUUCAUUGAUCCACCACUGGUGAUGGACAAAUAGGUCGACGCUUUCUGUUCUACCUUCUUCAGACAAACGCAAUUACACAACGUUAUUAUAUUUAGUCUAGACCACAUACAUAUUGUUUAGCAGUUUUUCUAGAGAAUUGACAAUACAUACAAUCAGAAAUAGUGGCAGAAUAAUAAACCAUAAUUUAUU